AUGCCAAGAUCUUUGCGUACAGGUACACCACUCGAGAUUGACCCGGAGAUCGAGAAAACAGCAAAGAGAUUAAGGAAGCAAGCAAAACAACGAAAGAAGUUAGCAAGCUCCUCAUCCUCUAUAUCUUCACCUCCGGUCACCAACAUUUGGCAAGACAUACUCUUGUCAAGUGAAUCAGAAACUGAAACAGAAUCACAAUCCCAUCAAGAAACACCCAUCACUCCACCACACUCACCUACCCAUACUCACCAAGAACCAAACUUACCUAAACCACAAUUUCCCGCAGUUACAAUGGCAAAUGAACAAACCCUUAGACAGUGGGCAACUCGUGAUGUCCCACAACAACCCCUUUGCAUUAACUACCCUGCUAUGGAGAACUUCGAGUUGAAAUCCGGGCUCAUUCACCUAUUACCACUUUUCCGAGGCUUAGAGAAUGAAGACCCACACAAGUUUCUCAAAGAGUUCCAUGUUGUGUGUUCUGGUAUGAAGCCACACAACGUCACUGAAGAUCAAAUCAAGCUAAGGGCAUUCCCCUUUGCUCUUCAAGACUCAGCAAAAGAAUGGCUAUAUUACCUACCACCGGGGUCGGUAACUACUUGGAACGAACUUGCAAAGUUGUUUCUUGACAAAUACUUCCCAGAAGUUAAAGCUUCGAUCCUACGCAAGGAGAUCAUUGGAAUCAAGCAACUCAAAAGAGAAGCCUUGCACACUUAUUGGGACAGAUUUAAAAAGUUGUGUGCUCGUUGCCCACAACACGGCAUAACUGAUCACCAACUCCUUCAAUACUUUUGUGAAGGAUUGGCACCAAUGGAGAGACGCUUGAUAAAUGCAUCUAGUGGAGGGGCUCUACUCGACAAAACACCUACUCAGAUUAGAACUUUGAUUACAUCCAUAGCUGAAGACACCAAACACUCAGCACAAGAUGAAGAGUGGUACACCGAUGUGCCACGCGCAGUCAAGGAAGUGAGCACUCCUCACAUCGAAACCCAACUCGCUGAGCUGACAAAAGCAGUUAUGCAACUCACCAAGGAUAAGAGUGCUGAGCCACAAGCACGAGCUUGUGGAAUUUGUUUACAAUUUGGACACCCCACUGAUAUGUGUCCCACACUGCAAGAUGAUGUUGAACAAGCACAAGCACUUGGAGGUUACCCGGGACAAAAUUCAAGACAAUAUGAACAACCCCGGGGCAAUCAGAAUUGGGGUCCUCCCAACAUGAAUUUCCAGCAAAGGCCUCAACAAUAUCAACAAUGCCCAACCUUCCAACGUAACCAACAACCACAAAACUUUCAGCCUCGACAACAGCCACCCGCCCAAGAACAAACGGGCAGCUCAGGAAUGUCUUUAGAGGACAUCGUGAAAAGCUUGGCAACCAGCACGCAUACGUUCCAACAGGAGACUAAAGCUAGCAUCAAGAAUUUGGAACAACAAAUGGCUCAACUCGCUAGCUCAGUGAGUAAAUUAGAGUCUCAAGGUAAAUUACCCGCACAAACCGAGAAUAACCCAAAGCACAACGUGUGUGCCGUUACCUUGAGGAGUGGAAAGAGCUACGACGGUCCGAGUAUGCAAGAAAAAGAGGAAAUUGUUGUUGAGAAGAAGGACCAAGAUAAGAUGAAAGUACAAGAACCAGUUGGAAGUGAAAUGAAAUUUACUCCUAUAGCUCCAUUCCCAUCAAGGCUACGAAGCACAAAGAAGGAAAGGGAAGAGCAAGAAAUCAUGGAGACAUUCAGGAAGGUAGAGGUAAAUAUUCCACUCCUUGAUGCUAUAAAGCAAGUACCACGGUAUGCGAAGUUCCUCAAAGAACUUUGUACAUCAAAGAAGAAGCUUAAAGGUAAUGAAACGAUCAAGGUUAGUGAAAAUAUUUCUGCAGUGUUACAAAAGAGACUACCUCCAAAGUGCAAGGAUCCAGGUGUUUUUACCGUUCCUUGUAAAUUGGGGAAUAUCACUGUGCCUAGAGCUAUGUUAGACCUUGGAGCCUCUAUUAACGUCCUACCAUACUCGAUUUUUAAAACACUUAAUGUAGGACCGUUAAAGAGGACCGGGGUAGUCAUUCAAUUGGCCGAUCGAUCCAUAGUACGCCCAAAAGGUGUAUUAGAAGAUAUAUUGGUACAAGUGAAUGAAUUAGUAUUUCCGGCGGAUUUCUAUGUGUUAGACAUGGAGGGUGAUGAGGCCCCAAAUUCAAGUUCCAUAUUAUUAGGGAGGCCAUUUUUAAAAACCGCAAGAACAAAAAUCGAUGUUUAUAGCGGCACCCUUUCUAUGGAAUUUGAUGGGGAGGUAAUCAAUUUUAAUAUAGAUGAUGCUAUGCGUUAUCCUAGUGAUGUCUCAUGUUUGAAUUAUAUAGAUGUUAUUGAGCCGCUAACUGAUGAAUGUUUUGAGUUGUCUAACCAUGAUGUUCAAGCAUUAGUGUCAAACAGAAGUAUUGAUGAAGCAGCGACAAAUGAACUUACUGAAAAGUUCAAGCUUGGGGAUGAUCUAAUGGAUGUUAAGAUCCUCAUGGACCCGCAGAAGAAAGCAAGGGAAAGAGCAUCAAAAAUGAAAUUACCAAGUAUUAUCCGAAAGCUCCUUCCGUGUAUUGAGCAAGCACCAGAUUAA